CUUGUAUACGAUUAGUCUCUGCAUAGCAAAGCGUUAUAAAAGAGUCCAGUGUAAAAAGAAAAUGUUUCGAGUGGGUUUUAUUUGUUUUUGUAUGCUAAUAGCAGGUGUAAAGUCAAAUAAAAAGCGACUGAAUGUAAUAGAAUCGAGGCUGACCACUCUUGAAAUGAGAAUGAAUAUUGAAAAUCAGGACAUUAAAUCAACAGUGGAAUUAGUAGAAACUAAGCUUGGAGUUCUAAAUAAUUCCGUCUCCGAGAUCGAGGAAAUGGUGUGCCACAGUAUGGAUCUGCAUAUAGAUACGGACAGACAUAAACACAACCUGCAGACAAAAUCAGAGAAUGAUUAUCGCUUUAUUAAGGCUUUCAUGGAACAGAAAGUGUGGAUUCAUUCAACUGUAGAUAAAAAUGCGAACAUAACUAGACAGUUAGAGCUAAACCAAUUUGCAUUCGAAGCAAAGAUAACAAAAGACAUUAAGGGUGUAAUUGAGGACGUUGAGAAACGAGAAAACGAGAAUGACGAACACUUAGCAAGUAUUGAAAAGAUAAUCGAUUCCGUGAAGAUUAACGUAGCAUCUCUUACACAGAAGUUGGACAGGGAAGUUCAGAAAUCAAAGACAAGAGAAACGCAUCACAACAAACAAUUAGCAGGUUUUCAAGAUACAAUCGCAAUCCUUACGACUAACGUAACGUCACUUGCACAGAAGAAUGAUUACCUAGCUGCAGAACUAGAGAAGAAAGAUGAUGUUAUCAACGACAUUCGUCUUGAAAUAGGUAAACUAAGAGAAACACAAAACAAUCUUGUAACAAAAACAAUAAAAUGCCCGAGUGGAUGGCGAAAGUUCAACAUGCAUUGCUAUUUAUUCGAAGACACGAUAAUGACAUAUACGAAAGCAAAAUAUUUCUGUUCCAGCAAAGAAGCGCAUCUAGUGGAUAUUGAAAAUAAAUCGGAAAAUGAUUUUGUCGUUCAAUUUUCCAAAGGGAAAGUCACUUGGAUUGGAAUGACUGAUGAGGAAACAGAAGGGCUCUGGAAAUGGGACAGAUCUGGAAAUAACGUAACCUACACGAACUGGAGACCAGGACAGCCAAAUAAUCUUCAGGAAUCGCAACACUAUGGUGUUAUUGGUGCUGUACAUCCACGUGAAUUAUGGGAUGACGCUAGUAUAAAUUUCCGCGCUAGAGUUGUUUGCAAAAAUUAAUGAGCAAC